AUGUACACGGAGAGUCCCCACGAGCACCAGCAGACCGUUCUGCUUUCUCGUAUCAUCACCAACGUUGAGAAACUCAAUGAAUCCGUUAUGGUCAUGAACAAAGCGCUUCAGGAAGUGAACAUCCAGAAUAUGAACGUCGAGCUUGUCGCGCAGAUGUUCAAAAACUACCAGUCUAAUGUUCUCUUCCAUUUAGAAGCCACGGAGAACCUCAAAGACCCCUCGUGA